CACUGACCCACCGUAGCCGCCCUGACCCAUAACCCGACAGGUGGAUCAAGAGCUCCUUCAGUCACCCAGUAACAUCAUCUGGCUUCGGGUCAGAUCAGCUCGCUCCUGCGCUUCCUAUAUUCUGCCUGAGGUUCCUGGCCCUACGUGAUGAUCCACGGCGAGGCGCACGUCUCAUUCACAAGAAUACCACCGCCAGCGUCCAGGGGUACCUGGUCUCCGGUGCGAGCUGCAGCAGCGCCAUCAGUUCUGAGAUCACCCGACUGCGUCUUCAGAGGGAUCCGCGCCAGCGUGCCAAGCCUGGAAUUGUUGUCGGGCCGCAGCCACCUGCCCACGGCCAGAGCUCUAAGCCCCUUGGCAGCCAGGGGGCAGGUAGUACACGUGUCCACGCCCAGGGCCUCCGUGCGGGCGACUGCGGACGCGCACCGCCUGACGUCAAAGUCUUCGUCAGCCUUGGGGCUCUGUGCCGCCACGGUGGCCCACGUCGGCCACGACGGCAGAGACUCCGCAGACGUGGCCCACGUCAGCCACGACAUCCUUGGGCAGACGACAGCCACAUCAGCCACGGAAGACACGCCAGUCACGACAGCCACGACGGCCACGAGAUUGCCUGGGUACCUCACGUCAUCCACGACAGCCUUGGGAGCGGUGGCCUCGCGCACACACAUACCUCGAGUGCCGCUGGAGGUGCUUCGUUGCACGAGCUAUCUGCAAGCUACAAAGACCCCUACACGCCCAGGAGUUCCAGGCCGAGCUUGAGCGCCAGGGCCAGGGAGCAGACGCCCAGGCCGAGAUUGAGCGCCAGGGCCACGCAGACCCCACCCGCGUCCGCGCGGAGGUCUGCGGACGUGAAGGUGUCUGAGGGCGGCUCAGGCCUGCAGCUGCGAGUGCACAUCCUGCCCUCGGAGCUCGUCAGGUGGAAGGAUCUGCAGGUCUGCGCAUGCAUAGACACUGCGUCCUUCGGAGAGGUGAUGUUGGCCAGGCACGGCAACCGGGUGGUGGCCGCGAAGCGCUGCCUCGCUGGUGCCGACGGCUCCAUGACCAAGGAGCAGAUGCACAACUUCGAGCGGGAAAUCAACGCCUAUCGCAUUCUGAAGCACCCAGGCGUAGUGGGGUACGUCGGCUGCGUGCUCGAUCCCCCUAACCUUGCCGUCCUCACCGAGUACCUGCCGAAGGGGAACGUAUUCAGCUUGCUCUACCAGAACAGGGUCAACCUGCCAGCUGCCAUCCGCCUGAAAAUUUCACAGCAAUUGACAGAGGUUGUCGACUUCAUGCACGGCCUGGACCCCGUACUGGCCCACUUGGACUUGAAGACGUCCAACAUCUUACUCGAUGCCGACUGUAAUGCCAAGCUGUGCGAUUUCGGGAAGACGCAUGCGCUCGAGCAUGGCUUCUCCGUGGUGCAGGGGUCGGAGCUGCUUGGUUCCCCGCGCUACAUGGCGCCCGAGCUGUUCAACGGCCCGGGAACGCGGUUCACGGAGAAGGCCGACAUCUGGGGCUUGGGCUGCUGUCUGAUCGAGAUCCUGGGGGGGCCCAUCCCGUUCGAGGACGUGCCCGAGGUGGCGCAGAUCAUGGAUUGCCUCCGGCGCGGGCGGCCGCCCCUGGUGCCCCACUGGUUCGCCGAGGCGACGCAGCCGGCCCUCCGCCAGUGCUUCGCCUUCGAGCCCGAGCGAAGGCCGGCGGCGGCUGGGCUCGCCUUCGCCCUCGGUACGCUGACUGCUCAGGACAUGGAGAGGUGCGGCAUGGACAAGCGCCGCACGAGCUGACGCCCGCGCGGCGGGCUCCCGCGCGCGCGGCACCUCAACGCCUGUUGGUGCCUCGUGUGGCCCAGGGUUCAGGGUGUGCUCUGAGGAGCCUGGCGGGGCGCGAGAUUCUCUGUCGUGGCCAUGAGCCGUCGCCGCCGCCGAUCGUCACGUUCAGGCCGGGCCUGAAGGUGACUUUUUGUAGCGUUUCACCCGCAUCUUCUUGUAUUGACUGGGAGCAUUGCGUCUAUUAAGAUGGUGCGCGGAAGGCUUCUUCUGUGGACCACCAGUAUGCACGACUGCCAGACAGGCUGGUGAGACCCACCGCCGAACAAGAGCCUUGGAGCCAGGCGGUAAGCAAUUAUCUUUCACAUGAUGACAACAGCUCGCUACCCGCAUGCGCAGCAGUAGCCAUGCUCAAGAUUCGCGGUAAGAUAGAAGCAGAGCAUCUAGAAGCCGCUGCGUUUUGCUGGGAGUGAGGCCGCCGGUUUCCCACCCGAAACGGUUCAGUGCACACAGCUUUCUCCUCUGCUGAUUGUCGCUCGAGAUUACCGCCCCUAAACAGGCGCAGGAGGGAUUGGGGGGGGAGGGGGCAGAGGUGAGGCCCGCGCGCCCGCGCGCGCGCCAGGCCCGGCCGCGGCGGCUGGGGGCCGGGGGAGCACCGAAUUUACAAAUGAAGCGGGCGCGCCAGGGUGCGCGGCCAAGCGCUCCCGGAGGGUCGCCCGUCACACGUCCAAUUCACGCACCGGACACACGCUUCCGGGAUUUGCAUGCCACCGGCGCCAUGCCUUCGUUGCACAGGCGCUUCCAUGCUUAAUGCGCAGGGCCCUCCCCAGGUCGCGCAGCAUUAGGCCGUUCAUACUGUGCGGUCGUGUGCACAGUCGGCACGAGUCAGCUGUGAUGGGUUGUCUACCGCGGCUCUGCGCGAGUCCGUGAUGAUGGGCUCUUUAGACUUACUGUUCGCCUGAAAGGCGUCAGAAUUGACCGCUUGCCAGGUGACUCGUGGUCCAGCGUCCCCUCUGCGGCACCCCCCCGUCCUGCCCCUGCAGGGGAAGACGGUUUGGUGCCUCCCUGGGGACUUGCUGCCCAUCUGCGGCUAAUUACAGUGCCUGUCUGUCUAUCAGCGUAGGUUUCCCCUCUUUCGACACUGCGCUUGUAGCGCUGUGUGCACACGCGUUCGUGUACCGAUGCGCCAUCACAUAGCAUGGACGCUUUUUCGAUGAUCUCCGCGUGUGGUCCUUCCUAGUUCCUCGCCUUCCGUCCUGGUCGGCCUCCCAUCCCGCUGCCUCCCCCGUCCAUCUCGCAUCGUGCUCACUCCGCCAAUAGGGGGCGACAUGCGAACCCUACGCCUACCCCCCACGAUUUCUGAGGGGUAGGGUUCGCAUGUGGCCCCCUAGCAAAGCUAGUGGAUUUCUCAAUCAGCCUGCAUGCUUGGCGCUGCGGCUCGUCCGCGGCGUCCCCGCGCGACCGCGCUCUUCGCGCCUGUGAGCGGCCGUCCGGCCGUGCCCCCCCCCUCGAUCCUCCCCUCCC